GACAACCAAGCUUAUGAAGGAGAGGAUGGAGACUAUCAAUUCAAAAAUAAUUUUAUUAACACGCCAUGGGACGAUCGAUCAAGAAAAAGCAAGAUCGGGAUCAUUUCAUUAUUAGUAGCCAUAUUUGCUGUGAUAGUUAUUUGCGUCGGUCAUAACUUUAUAAUGCACUAUGCAAAUGGAUCUUUUCCGGAUUUUAAAGUUGAAAAUACUUGCCCUUUAAUCAAUUUGAACGAUAUACAAUAUUAUAACUUUGUUGCGAAGGUAUACUCGUUCUCGUCCAAAGAACUGCUGUGCGUUGGGGCCGUGUUGAGUGAUAAUGCUGUGCUGGCGGAUGAAAUCUGUGCCAGAGACGGUCCCGUUGUACUGGUUGUAGGACAUUCAAAAGAUCCACGCUGCAAGAAAGGUCACGCUGUUGAUGAAAUCAUAGAAGUCGAUCACGAGGGCAUGUUAUCGCAAAAAUUAAUUAUAUUAAAGUGCAAAGGUGAUUUCGCCGAAUGCCGCAGUACUAUCCAUAUCGGAUCGCAGUUAGAGUGGAAGACACCCGCUCAUAUUAUCGGGCGGCCACUGACGCGCAGUGGCCGAGCACUUAUAACUAAGCAGCCAGUGACUGUGUCUGGAAGAGGCAACUGUUCUAUACCGGGAACGUUGAGCCAAAAAUUGGAUAAAAAUAUGAUAAUUUGCGUGACAAAUUUCGGUCGUUGUCAAGUGCACGCCGGGGACCUGCUCACGCAGCGGGGGCGCCUGCUCGGGCUGGCGUCCACCGGGCUGCACCGCUCCCCGAGCUCGACGGCUUAUUUCGCUGAUUUAAACUCCGUAAGGGGAAAAUUAGCACCAUUCGUAGAUACGUCAAAGCAAGUACAUAUACAUGUCUAAUCUUUAGAAAUAACUAAAGACUUACACGUAUGCAUGCUUUAUAAUAUCGUAUACCUUACAUAGAUAAAGAGCUAUAUGAAUUAUCUAUACGUGGAGAUUUUUAAUAACGUAAGUGCCCCAUUGAGGAAAUAUAUACCUGCUUAGAAUGCUCUCAGCAUAUUAUAACGGUCCCCUAAACGAUCCUGAUUUUUCACUCACUGUUA